CUGAACCAUGAGGUCGUUCGUUUUACUCCUAAGUCUCUUUGGCCCAUCCCUACAAGUGACGUGGGACACUGCUAAUUGUGGCCAGGGAGGUAGCGGUCCCCCGGGAGAGGCACAAAUUGUAGAUGGCGUGGAGUCUGGAGAUGGACAGUGGCCAUGGCAGGUGUCCUUAAGGGUUGAUAACUUUUUCUCGUAUGACCAUUCUUGCGGUGGAAGUAUUAUCAACAAUCAGUGGAUUCUCACUGCUGCACAUUGUCUAAAUGCCUUCGGAUUUGCGAGUGAUUAUCAGAUAGAAUAUGGUACAAACAGAAGAAAUCAAGGUACCCAAGUGUCUGUAGCGGACUACAUUAUGCACGAGGGAUACGACAGUGACUCUAGCGAGAAUGAUAUUGCACUAAUGCGGCUAACAACUCCCAUCAGCGGUUGGACCAGCCGGGUCAGGCCCAUAUGCCAACCAUCUGCUAGCAACUCCUACAAUGGAAACACGGUCACAGUGAGUGGAUGGGGAACUGAGUUUUCCGGGGGCAGUGUAACAUCAGAAUUGCGACACGUUCAGAAAACGGUAAUAUCGAACAGUCAAUGUCAAAACAGCUACUCUGAUAUUUUCCCCAGCAGUCUGUGUGCAGGUUUAGAUAACGAAGGCGACUCUUGCCAGGGUGAUAGUGGCGGACCGCUGCAAUAUAAUGACAAUGGGGUUUGGCGUCAGGUUGGAAUUGUAUCCUGGGGUCGAGGAUGCGCACAACCAGGAUACCCAGGGGUGUACGCCAGAGUCACCUCGUAUCUCGCCUGGAUUCGUAACCAGUAAUUUGAAUUAUAAUACACCAUGAUGUACAUGUAAUAGCUAUGCUAAUAAAGGUAUCUUGAAAGUGUGCACACUGUUAAUAAUGGAAUAAA